AAGAAGUCGAUAGUCAGAUCAAUCUCUUUACGUUCAAUAGCUGGAAUGGUCUGAAGUUGGACUGCGCCUCGAAGCUGUUGGUUUUUGCGUAGGAAAGACGCGACGUCUUUUGCGGUUUCUCUUUGCAAUAUCAGAUUGAUCACGCGAAUUGGGGAUGAAUCUUUGGAAUUUACCUUUUCAAAGACAAGUGAAGAAAACUUUGUGUCUCUUGAAAGAGAUCGACUGUUCCUAACACGGGCAGACUGCCUAUCAUACAGAAGUUUGCGCGAUACUGCGUUGAAGUCGCAAGUGUGGUGCGGAGGUGUUUUUGAAAGAAGAUCGAAGCGGAACGAGGGGAUAUCACAACGAAUUUUACUGCCUAUCUACGCCGGUAUUCUAAGCUUUAGACUCCACGUGAUUAUUCGUUAUCGAUAUUCCUUAGCAUUGAGCGGAUAUCGGAGCUUCAGCUCUCUUCAGUCUCUUCAAAUCUUGGUCUGGAAAGAGCAACUACAGCCCACCAUGUUCAUCCUCACGAAGAUUGCGGACCUAGUCCAAAUCAUUCCAGAAGACUUUGGCAAAGAUCCAGCUCAAGCCAUAGAAGACAACAUCAACACAAAAUACGCCAAUAAAGUCAUCCAAAAGAUCGGGCUUUGUAUCUGCCUGUACGACCUCCUAUCCGCGUCUGAAGGACUCAUCGGACACGGAUCUGGCGUCGUCAACGUCAACGUGGAGUUCAGGCUCGUGGUCUUUCGGCCUUUCAAACAUGAGGUGAUGACAGGUCGGAUCAGCAGCGCAACAACAACUGGUAUAAGAAUCCGAACCCCUUUCUUCGACGACAUCUUCGUACCAGCCUCCAAACUUCCAGAAGGCUCAAGAUUCGAAGUAAGCGAAGGCCUCUACGUCUGGGAAACGGAAGGCCAAAGCCUCUUCUUCGACACGCAAGAGACGGUCCGCUUCAGAAUCGAAGACGAGGUCUGGCACGACCAGAUCCCGAUCGGUCCACGAGACAAGGAAGAUGCUGGCGUGGUGAAAAGUAGUCCGUAUCAACUUAUUGCUACGAUGGAGGAUGCGGGGUUGGGGCCUUGUUUGUGGUGGGAUGGGGAUGAUGGGGAGGGAGAUGAGAUGGAGAGUUGA